GGGAAACUCAAACUCAAAGCAGAGCCAAGCAAUAGCGUUAGCAGCUCAACUAUGCUCAAUGAAGACGACCAAGACUUCGUAAACCACCAACCAUCCCUUUCUCGAUUUCUGUAAUGGAGCUUCCGCUCCUUUCGCUAACAAGUCCUACUAGUACUUCGACGGCGUCGUUUUGCAGUAAGCGGAGUCUGUGCGAAUUUGCGGUGGGGAGGAAGAGGCGGACGGGGUUGUGCGACGGAGGUAGGGUUUGUGUGCGGCGGGUUAGGGCUUCGGCGGAGCAGAGGAGUAGCGAGGGUAUUAAUGGAAGGGAGGCGGAGAGUGGAGGACGACGGUUCACGAGUCCGGCGAUGGAGGUCACGACUUUGAAUACGAGCUUCGGCGAAGCUGAGUAUCCUGUUUGGGAGAAGAUCGGCGCUGUUGUUAGACUUAGCUAUGGAAUUGGUAUAUAUGGUGGAAUGGCUUUAGUGGGUAGAUUUAUAUGCUCAAUGAUUGGUAUUGAUAGCUUGGGAGGUUUCGAGUUAAAUUUGGAUGCAAUUGUACAAGGGCUUGGAUAUGCAGCUCCACCGAUCAUGGCGCUUCUGUUUAUACUCGAUGAUGAAGUUGUAAAGGUAUCACCUCAUGCACGUGCAAUUAGAGAUGUUGAGGAUGAGGAGCUCCGCAGUUUCUUUUAUGGAAUGUCACCAUUGCAGUUCAUACUAAUUGUUACUGCAAGCUCUAUGGGGGAGGAGCUUUUCUACAGGGCUGCUGUUCAGGGAUCAUUGGCUGAGAUAUUUUUGAAGGGCACAGAUCUAGUAACAGAUGUUCGAGGAAUGGCAUCUCUGUCUGGGGUUCUACCCCCAUUUGUCCCAUUUGCUCAGGCAUUUGCAGCAGUGAUCACAGCUGCUCUUACAGGUUCUUUGUACUAUGUGGCUGCCUCUCCUAAAGAUCCUGCUUAUGUAGUUGCACCAGUUUUACAAUCUCGCUCUGGUCGUGAAGAUAUGAAAAAGCUGUUUGCAGCUUGGUAUCAGAGAAGGCAAAUGAAGAAGAUCUACUCUCCCCUUCUUGAAGGACUUCUGGCCCUCUAUCUCGGUUUUGAAUGGAAUCAGACGAAUAACAUUCUAGCACCUAUGAUCACACACGGUAUAUAUUCUGCUGUGAUACUGGGUCAUGGCCUUUGGAAGAUACAUGAUCAUCGUAGACGACUGCACCAGAGAAUCGAACAGCUUAAAGACGAAGGUAGUGACUAGAAUAGGAUUAUGAAAUCACCAAAUACGGUGAGAAUUUGUAAAUUACAUAUAUAGCAGAGCAAAAUGUUACUUGUAUUACACUUACAUAAGUUAAACAUUCAGAUGUGCACACUAUCAGUGUAAUACAUAGAGGGUUAGUUCUUGUAUAUGGACACCUGAUACUGUUAUAGUUUGUUGAAAUCAUGUGAUCAUGUCGUUCUAUGAUGUAGGACCUCUUAGAAU